AUGACUGUACACGUGACCUUCGCCAUGGCCAGUUUGCUCCUGGCCUGGCUGGCCAAGGGCUGCGAGAAGGAGUUGGAGAGGGAGCUGGGCCGCGACCAGCUGGUGGACCUUCUGCGGACCUUCAUGGUCUUUCAGGACCGGUGUGGCUCGCUGACUGACGCCUCGCUGAUGGGCUUGCACGCAGCGAUGCAGUUUUUAGGUGAAAAGCGCGACAUGACGCCCCCGAAGGUGGUGCGUAGAAGCACCUCCCGUGUGGAAUUCGUGGAUUUCAAAGCUGGUUGA